CAGCACUGAAUGUUUGUUUACCUUACCUACCUUGCGUGGUCCUGCGCCUGCUGGGCACCUCGUGAUUAUUUGCUUUUUUCACUCCUUGCAAAUUUAAUUUAGUAAUAAACACGCCUGAACGCGUGCUGAUCAAAACACAGCAAGUGGCCAAUUUCUAGCUUCUAAAACUAUGACUGCCCUUCGGCCUUUUACCUGCAAUGAUCUUUUUAAGUUCAACAAUGUGAAUCUGGAUCCGCUGACUGAAACUUAUGGUCUCUCCUUUUACCUUCAGUACUUAGCACACUGGCCGGAGUACUUUCAAGUUGCGGAAUCGCCGAGUGGCGAAAUCAUGGGCUACAUAAUGGGAAAAGCUGAAGGCUCCGGGGAGAAAUGGCAUGGACACGUGACGGCGCUGACAGUGUCUCCAGACUACCGAAGAUUGGGGGUUGCCAACACCCUGAUGGCCUACCUGGAGGAGGUUUCCGAAAAGAAAAACGCUUACUUUGUUGACUUGUUUGUCCGCGUGUCGAACAAAGUUGCAAUUAAAAUGUACACAGAAUUGGGAUACAUCGUAUAUAGGACGGUUCUUGAAUAUUACUCGGGCGAUCCAGACGAAGACGCCUACGACAUGAGAAAAGCGCUCUCGAGAGAUGUGAAUAAACUAUCUGUGGUUCCACUGAGGCAUCCUGUGCGACCCGAAGACGUGGAUUGAUGAGUGUGAUUUUUGAAUUUGUUCUGAACCUACUGAUAUUUCAAAAUAAAAAUAAUUUAGAACAUUUUAUUCAAAUUCA